AUGGGAUCAUCUUCAGAUCUUUACAACCUAUCCAAUGGCAGAAAGAAGAAAUUCACCUGGUCUUAUCUUCUGUGUGCCCUAAUUGUAGCCCUCGUCAUCAUCAGCCAUUUUUAUUACAAUCAGAGCAUUAACAUUAACAGUUUGUACAAUUCCAAUUCCGUUUCCCAAAUCGAUCCCUAUCCCUAUCCCUAUCCCUUUGUUGAUGCCCCAAGCCAAGAUUCAGAUCAGAAGAUUAUCGUAACGUUUCCCGCAGGGGGUUUGGAUUCUAACAAGACAACAACGUGCGAUUACAGCAAGGGAGAAUGGGUGCCGACGAAUCUGGAGCCUUUAUACAACGGGACAACCUGCGGCACAAUCAAACAAGGCCAAAACUGCGUCGUUUUCGGCAGGCCUGAUCGGGAAUAUCUCCACUGGAAAUGGAAGCCUCAAGAAUGCGAUCUCCCCAGGUUCGAUCCAAACACAUUCCUUAAUCUAAUGAAAGACAAGCACGUCGCCUUUGUCGGAGAUUCCCUGGCAAGGAAUCAGCUCGAAUCAUUGCUUUGCCUGAUAGCCACCGUGUCGAAGCCGAAUCUGACCUUUUCCGGCGGAGACGACAACAGGUUCAGAAAAUGGCAUCUCCCUUCACACAACAUCAACGUUUCGAUCUACUGGUCGCCAUUUCUUGUAAAAGGGAUAGAGCAUUCCCCCGAUCGGCAGAACUUCAACACGCUGUAUUUAGACAAGGUGGACGAGAGAUGGGCUGGAGAUUUGUCUAGCUUCGACAUGCUGGUUAUGGCGUCGGGACAGUGGUACUUGCUGUCGGCAGUUUUCCACUACGAGGAUCAAGUACUAGGUUGCCAUAUCCUCGACAACUGCACCGAGAUCGGAUUCUACGAUGUUUAUGGGAAAGCAUUGAAGACAGCUUUCCAGGCAAUAGUGCAGAGAAGAAGGUCCAUCGAGCACUCCCUGGAUGUGUUUCUGACAACAUUUCCGCCUGCACAUUUCGAAGGGGAUUGGGACAAAUUAGGGUCUUGUUCGAAGACAAAGCCAUACAAGGCUGGGGAGGAAGUUCUUCAAGGGGCUAAUGCAGAAAUGAGGAGAAUUGGAGUGGACAAAGUGGAUGAAGCACAGCAGAUGUUUAAGGAAGGUAGGGUUAGGUUUAAGGCCUUAGAUGUCACCGAGUUGUCUUUGCUCCGGCCUGACGGCCACCCCGGACCGUACAUGAUUCCAUUCCCCUUUAAGAACGGCGUUUCGGAUCGGGUACAAAAUGAUUGUGUGCAUUGGUGCUUGCCUGGCCCUAUUGAUACUUGGAAUGAGAUUUUGUUGCAAAUGAUCAAGAACAAUAGGGCAACUUAG